GCUGAUCAAACCCGGAACACGUCGCAAGCUAUCGUUGCAUCAGACGGCAGAGAGGCGGAGAGGACUCAUGUGCUGUGCAGUGUAUGCUAACUUAAGCUGACGUCUCUUUCUGUUUCAUUCAAAGAGAUGGCCACUCUCUACGUGUCCCCUCACCCCGAUGACUUCAGGAGCCUUUUGGCUCUCAUUGCUGCAGAGUUUUGUCCAUCCUCUCGCCCCAGGACCCUCACAGAGGACCCUCCUGCAUCCCUGAAUGCCCGCUCCAGACCGACCCUGGUGCUGGGCGCUGGGGAAGGUGACUCUGUCCUGAGCGGGGCCAGUGCUGUCUCCUGGUACCUGGCCUUACAGGGGAAGAGGGCUGGUGUUGAUACAAAGCAGCAGAGCCAGAUGUGGCAGUGGCUCAGCUUUGUAGACAAUGAACUCACCCCGGUGUCCUGUGCUGUGAUUUUCCCACUGAUGGGGAUGAUGGGAGUCGAUAAGAAGCUCCAGCAGAGUUCCCGUGCAGAGUUGAUGCGUGUUCUAAAGGUUCUUGAUCAGGCACUGGAACCGAGAACCUUUUUGGUGGGGGAGAGCAUAACCCUGGCUGACAUGGCUGUAACUACAGCUGUUCUUCUACCUUUUAAAUAUGUGUUGGAGCCAUCAGACAGGAAGGUCUUGACAAACCUUACCAGGUGGUUCACAACCUGCAUAAAUCAGCCCCAGUUCCUGAAGGUGUUGGGGAAGAUCGCUCUUUGUGAGAAGAUGGUGCCAGUUACACCAAAGACGAAUGCUGUUGCAAAAGCUGCUAAUGGCAGUCCUGCUAUUGAUUCUGCUGAUUCUGCAGCUAAUGGCCCACCAAAGACAGAAGCCCAGCUGAAGAAGGAAGCUAAGAAGAGAGAAAAGUUGGAAAAGUUCCAGCAGAAGAAAGAAAUGGAGGCGAAGAAAAAGACGCAGCCACAAACAGAGAAAAAGGCCAAACCAGAAAAGAAGGAAUUGGGAGUGAUCACAUACAAUGUCCCCACUCUCCCUGGGGAGAAAAAAGAUGUCAUCAGCCCACUUCCUGACUCAUACAGUCCUCAGUAUGUGGAGGCUGCCUGGUAUCCAUGGUGGGAGAAGCAGGGAUUCUUCAAGCCUGAGUAUGGGAGGAAGUCUAUUAGUGAGCACAACCCUCGUGGCAUCUUCAUGAUGUGUAUCCCUCCACCGAAUGUGACUGGAUCACUUCACCUGGGUCACGCCCUCACCAACGCCAUUCAGGACACUCUGACAAGAUGGCACAGGAUGCGAGGUGAGACCACCUUGUGGAACCCGGGCUGUGAUCACGCUGGCAUUGCCACCCAGGUGGUGGUGGAAAAAAAGCUGAUGAGGGAGAGGGGUAUGAGCCGUCACGAUCUGGGCAGGGAAAACUUCAUCCAGGAAGUCUGGAAAUGGAAGAACGAGAAGGGAGACCGCAUCUACCACCAGCUGAAGAAGCUGGGCUCCUCUCUGGACUGGGACAGAGCCUGCUUUACUAUGGACCCUAAACUUUCCUAUGCAGUUCAAGAAGCCUUUAUCCGCAUGCAUGACGAGGGAGUGAUCUACAGGAGCAAGAGGCUGGUCAACUGGUCGUGCACACUGAACUCUGCCAUCUCUGACAUAGAGGUGGAUAAGAAGGAGCUCACCGGCAGGACUCUGUUGCCAGUGCCUGGUUACAAAGAGAAAGUGGAGUUUGGAGUUUUGGUGUCUUUCAGCUACAAGGUAGACGGAUCAGACGAGGAAGUGAUUGUGGCCACAACUCGUAUUGAAACGAUGCUGGGAGACACUGCUGUAGCCGUCCACCCUGCUGACUCCAGAUAUCAGCAUUUGAAGGGAAAAGUGGUGCUGCACCCCUUCUGUGACCGCAAGAUGCCGAUUGUCUUCGACGACUUUGUGGACAUGAGCUUUGGAACAGGUGCUGUCAAAAUCACCCCAGCCCAUGACCAUAAUGACUACGAGGUUGGAGAGAGACACAAUCUGGCCUUCAUCAACAUCUUGGAUGAGAACGGCCUGCUCAUUAACGUGCCUCCCCCCUUCCUGGGGAUGAAGCGGUUUGAGGCCAGGAAGGCAGUGCUGCAGGCUCUCAAGGACAGAGGCCAGUUUAUAGAGAUCAAAGACAACCCUAUGGUCGUCCCAGUCUGCAGUCGUUCCAAGGACAUCGUGGAGCCACUGAUGAAGCCGCAGUGGUAUGUGAGCUGCACAGAUAUGGGCAAGCAGGCUGCAGACGCUGUCAGAGAGGGACGGCUCAAAAUCAUCCCUGAUCACCACCUCAAGACCUGGUUCAACUGGAUGGACAACAUCAGGGACUGGUGUAUCUCUCGGCAGCUGUGGUGGGGUCACCGUAUUCCUGCUUACUUUGUCACUGUCAGCGAUGCCUCCGUGAAACCAGGAGAGGACAUGGACGGUCAUUACUGGGUGAGUGGGAGAUCGGAGGAGGAGGCCAGAGAGAAGGCGGCAAAACGCUUCAACGUGUCUGCUGAGAAAAUUACCCUCAGACAGGAUGAGGAUGUUCUGGACACUUGGUUCUCAUCUGGCAUUUUCCCCUUCUCCAUCUUCGGAUGGCCUAAUGAGACUCAGGACCUCAAUGUGUUCUACCCCGGCACCUUGCUGGAGACGGGCCAUGACAUCCUGUUCUUCUGGGUUGCUCGUAUGGUGAUGAUGGGCCUCAAACUGACUGGCAAGCUGCCCUUCAAAGAGGUUUAUCUGCAUGCAGUGGUGAGGGACGCCCACGGAAGGAAGAUGAGCAAAUCUCUGGGAAACGUCAUUGACCCUCUGGACGUCAUUACAGGGAUCUCCCUGGAGGGUCUUCAUGCUCAGUUGACAGACAGCAACUUGGAUCCACUGGAGGUUGAGAAGGCAAAGCAGGGCCAGAAGUCAGACUACCCAAAUGGCAUCCCAGAGUGUGGCACAGAUGCUCUCCGGUUCGCCCUGUGUGCCUACACUAGCCAAGGAAGGGACAUCAACCUGGAUGUCAACCGCAUCCUGGGUUACCGUCACUUCUGCAACAAACUGUGGAACGCUGUGAAGUUUGCCAUGAAGACACUGGGAGACAACUUUGUACCAUCAGAGAAAGCCCAGUUGUGUGGAGAGGAGAGUGUCUCAGACAGGUGGAUUCUGUCUAGACUGAGUGCUGCUGUCAGUCUGUGUGAUGCCGGCUUCAAGGCUUACGACUUCCCAGCCAUCACGACCGCCAUCUACAACUUCUGGCUGUACGAACUCUGUGACGUCUACCUGGAAAGUGUGAAACCAGUGUUCAGCAAAGCAGAGGAAGACAGCAGCAGCCAGAGACAGACGCUGGUGUGCAGACAGACCCUUUACACCUGCUUAGAAGUCGGUCUUCGCCUUCUGUCUCCCGUGAUGCCCUUCGUCACUGAGGAACUCUACCAGAGGUUACCACGACGACGACCUCAGUGUGACCCCCCCAGCAUCAGUGUCACAUCCUACCCUGACACCGAGGAGUUCUGCUGGCACAGCGAGGAGGUUGACCGCGACAUGGACUUCACAAUGACUGUGGUCAAGACCAUCCGGUCACUGAGGGCUGACUACAACCUGACCAAGACCAGAGCUGACUGUUAUCUGCAGUGCAUAGACCCUGCGACUGUGUCCCUGGUGCAGAAGUACACUCUGCAGAUUCAGACCUUGUCUUAUUCUCAGGCCAUCAUCCCUCUGACAGCCAACCAGCCCGUCCCAGAGGGCUGUGCUGUAGCCAUUUCCUCUGACAGAUGCACUGUCAACCUUAUGCUCAAGGGUCUCAUCGAUGUGGAGAAGGAAGUGGCUAAGCUAAUGACAAAGAAAGGUGAUUUGGAGAAACAGAUGGAGAAACUGAGAGAGAAGAUGGCAAAGAGUGACUACAAGGAUAAGGUGCCAGCGAAGGUGCAGGAGCAGGAUGCUGAGAAGCUACGGCAGAGCCAAACUGAACUUGAAAAAGUAAAAGAAGCCAUGGACAACUUCAGGAAAAUGAUGUAACUUUCCCCUUAGCAUUUAUGUAAAUCAGGACUUAUUUCCACUUUUUUCAUGUCAGUGUAUUAAUUUUCACAUUCAUUUUCCAAGUUCAUUGUAGUGUGGAGGGAAUUCAAUAAAGCUCCUAGAACGGAAUUGUCUUGAGCAGUGUAUUGUU